AUGAGCUCACUUAAAUAUCUUGACCUCUCUUCCAACCAAUUAAGUGGUUUGAUUCCCGAUGCUUUUGGAAACAUGAGAUCACUUGAAAAUAUGUACCUCUAUUCCAACCAAUUAAGUGGUUUGAUUCCCGAUGCUUUUGCAAACAUGAGAUCACUUGAAAAUCUGUACCUCUAUUCCAAUCAAUUAAGUGGUUUGAUUCCUGAUGCUUUUGCAAACAUGAGCUCACUUGCAGGGCUUGACCUCUCUUCCAACCAAUUAAGUGGUUUGAUUCCCGAUGCUUUUGGAAACAUGAGAUCACUUGAAAAUCUGUACCUCUAUUCCAACCAAUUAAGUGGUUUGAUUCCCGAUGCUUUUGCAAACAUGAGCUCACUUCAAUAUCUUGACCUCUCUUCCAACCAAUUAAGUGGUUUGAUUCCCGAUUCUUUUGCAAACAUGAGAUCACUUGAAAAUCUUGACCUCUCUUCCAACCAAUUAAGUGGUUUGAUUCCCGAUGCUUUUGGAAACAUGAGAUCACUUGAAAAUCUGUACCUCUAUUCCAACCAAUUAAGUGGUUUGACUCCCGAUGCUUUCACAAACAUGAGCUCACUUGAAAAUCUGUACCUCUAUUCCAACCAAUUAAGUGGUUUGAUUCCCGAUGCUUUCGCAAACAUGAGCUCACUUGAAUAUCUUUUCCUCUCUUCCAACCAAUUAAGUGGUUUGAUUCCUUAUGCUUUCGCAAACAUGAGCUCACUUGAAAAUCUGUACCUCUAUUCCAACCAAUUAAGUGGUUUGAUUCCCGAUGCUUUCGCAAACAUGAGCUCACUUGAAUAUCUUUUCCUCUCUUCCAACCAAUUAAGUGGUUUGAUUCCUUAUGCUUUCACAAACAUGAGCUCACUUUUACAUCUUGACCUCUCUUCCAACCAAUUAACUGGUUUGGUUCCGAAUGCUUUCGCAAACAUGAGCUCACUUUAA